UUGAGUCUGCUUAUCAAGACACUAGAGCUGUACUAACAAAGGCCUUAAUAGAGUGUAGGUCGCUUGGAACAAACUACUUGAACCUAGCUUCAUUCUGCCAGCGUAUGUGUUGGCGAGAAGAUCUGGCGGUUUUUAUCAAAUACUGGACUAUCCGUCACGAAAUUAUCGUUAUCAGUCGUCUCAGCACGUGGUGUCUCAUAUCUCCCUAUCACUCUAUCAACACAGAAGUCAUUUCAAUCAUGUCUUCCGAGUCAGAGAACGAACUAGAGUAUAAACUGCUCACCAAAGACAAGGUUGAAGAUGCCCUGGCAAUUCAGGCUGAAACUAUGAAACUGGAGAACCUAGCAAUAGGUUUGGGGAUGUUCGAAGAGGAUGGUGCCCCGGAAGAAAUGAACCUGCUCUUUAGAGAAAUCAUCAAGGAUGGUACAACGUUGGUCGCAGUUGACAAGAAGACAGACGAACUGGUAGCAGUGGCGUUUAACAAGAUUCAUGCAAAACCGAGGGCAGGUGAGAAGGAUGAGCUAGAGGUGUUCAUAGAGGAGAAUCUGAGGUACCGAACGUGCAGAGAACUGGUGAAGUUUCUCGAUGACAUUCAGAACAGCGUGGAUAUUUUUGAGAGCUACGACACGAAAGGAGCAAUGGAGCUGUUCUAUCUUGGCACCAAUCCACGGUAUCAAGGCCGUGGGAUCGGCCGACAAAUGGUACAGAAUUGCAUCGAGUUCGGUCGAGGGCUCUUGAACGGUACAAUGAAGAGGACUUCGAUCGACGGAAGUGUCCUAGACCAACACGUACUCCCAGAGGUGAUUUUUGGUUUAUUCGCCUCGAACUAUAGUCAAAAAAUCGCGGACCAAUUGAACUUCAAAUGUUUACGCGAAAUUCGAUACGAUGACUAUACUUUCGCUGGCAGAAAAAUGUCCGAGAGGAUAGGAAGCGUCCAUAAAACAGCCAGGUUGCAGGCUCUGAAGCUGUAAACGAGCGGGAAACGUGGUGUAGUAGUGAAAAUCAGUGGAAAAUGUGUACUGUAGUGAAUCUGCUAGUGUGGAGAGUUACGUGUAUGAGAACUGUACCUGAAAUGGCGAAUAAAUGGUACUUAUCCUGUCAGAAAUGUUCAUAAAUUGAAGAAAGUAAAUACUUUGUUAUAGUUUUUGGAUUUAUAAGCGCACCAAACUAUUUUUCUUUAAUUUCGUUGUAUAUCGCGUUUGAGAAACAAAAUGGUAAAAAGUAAAAAUAAUAUUGCACACUUGGAAGUUUCAUCUCUAAGAGGUGUCUUUUACGAGAUACUAAAAGGAUUCUCUAGGGAAAAGAACGGUGAUGGAAUCUGCACGAGGACUCUUGAGAUGAAUUCCAAGUCCCACAGUGAAGAGAUUGUACUUUAUCUCAUGAGUGUCUUGUGACUACAUAAUUAACUUCGUUAGUCGGUUAAAAACUUGCUUUCGGUAACUUAACCCACCUUAUUAUUCCAACGAAUGAAUGACAAGUGAUAAGAAGCUCUAUACGACGACUCUUACCUUUCUUUUUUAUAUAAGUAUAUAUAUGUAUGUAUUAACACAUUUACAAUCCAGUACAUAAUUGUUGAUUAUAGUAAGUAUAUUGAGCGUAAUUAUGAAUCCAAAUACCGACAACGGAGGUGUGGUUAUAUUCUUCCUUUUUCUAUCAAACUGUCCUUGUUCUCACAUUAAAAACCAACGUGAUA